UGGCUUUAUCAGUCGGACUGUGUUGUAGAUCCUAUUCCCGUCCAAACUCCUCUGCACUCUGGAGGACUUCUUGUAAACCUCCGUCAGAUAUUUAAUGUACCUGUGCUCGGGUUUCAUUUUUCUCUUCAGUCCUGGGUUCCACCUCGAGCCUGCUUGCUCCGACAGGGCUUUGAGCAGUGGGGAGAAGAUACUGCCAUAAGGGUAGGUGAAGUCAUCCAGGUUGUUCAGCGCGUUGGAGGCAGCCAGAGAUGAUCUAACCAGCGGGGAGCUGCAGGUGACAAGCAGCAGUAAGAAAACUAUUCGAAUAUAACGAAGGGCAGCUGCCAUCAGCAUUUGUUUUUCCAUUAUAAACAACGAAACCAGACUAAGCUUAGAGAGAAUAUCCACUGAGAGCUCGAGGUAAACAGCACCACGCAAGAGCUGCCGCUCAUCAACAUGCACAGGUGUUGGCAAUCAACUCUAUCACUCAUAGGCCAAGCUACUUUCUCAGCAUGAAGAAAAGCGAAACCUGGAGCUCGGAGGUCAUGUGGGGUUUGACAGCCUUCCAGAUCAGUUGGUCAGUAAAUCAGUUGCACAGGGAUUCUGCUUCAACAUCCUCUGCGUCGGUGAGACAGGGAUAGGCAAGUCAACAUUAAUGAACACUCUUUUCAAUACAACAUUUGAAAAUGAGGAAGCCAGCCACUAUCAGAGUGAGGUACAGCUACGCCCACAAACCUAUGAUCUGCAGGAGAGCAAUGUUAACCUCAAGCUGACCACUGUGCACACUGUAGGGUUUGGAGACCAAAUCAACAAAGAGGAAAGCUAUAAACCCAUUCUUGAGUAUAUUGAUGCCCAGUUUGAAAGGUUUCUUGAGGAGGAGCUAAAAAUAAAACGUUCCUUGUUUAACUGCCAUGACACAAGAAUCCAUAUCUGCCUGUAUUUCAUCGCUCCCACCGGACACUCCCUGAAGUCCCUUGAUCUGGUUACAAUGAAGAAACUAGACAGCAAGGUGAACAUCAUCCCCAUUAUUGCAAAGGCAGACACGGUAUCCAAGAGCGAAUUGGACAAAUUAAAGAUCAAGAUUAUGAGUGAGCUGGUCAGUAACGGAGUUCAGAUUUAUCAGUUCCCUACAGAGGAUGAAGCCGUUGCAGAGAUCAACACCUCCAUGAAUACUCAUCUUCCCUUUGCUGUGAUUGGAAGUGUAGAAGAAAUUAAAAUGGGAAAUAAGAUGGUGAAAGCAAGGCUGUACCCCUGGGGAUCAGUACAGGUGGAGAAUGAAAACCACUGUGAUUUUGUGAAGCUGAGGGAGAUGCUGCUGCGUGUGAACAUGGAGGACCUCCGAGAGCAAACACACACCCGACACUAUGAGCUCUACCGUCGCUGCAAGCUAGAAGAGAUGGGCUUCAAGGACACAGGCCCGGACAGCCACUCGUUCAGCCUUCAGGAGACAUACGAAGCCAAGAGAAAGGAGUUCCUUGUGGAUCUGCAGCGCAAAGAGGACGAAAUGAGACAGAUGUUUGUCAACAAGGUGAAGGAGACAGAAGCAGAGCUGAAAGAAAAGGAAAAAGAGCUUCACGAGAGGUUUGAGCAGCUCAAGAGGAUGCACCAAGAAGAAAAGAAGAAUCUGGAGGAGAAAAGACGAGAACUGGAGGAGGAGAUGAAUGCCUUCAAUAGAAGAAGGGUUGCAGCUGAGACACUGAUGGGACAGGCACUCCAAGGCUGCUCACAACAACCAUUCAAAAAGGACAAGGACAAGAAGAACUUCUUUAGUCUUCCAUCUGCGUGCUCCUUAACCUCAGGAAGGAAUUUGAAUUAGAAGACUUUCUACCCCAUCAAAAGAUCACAGACUAACAAUCAAGUAUAUUAUUUUUACAAUGUGAAAUAACAAUUUUCUAGAAAUGCACUUAACAUCCUUGGAAGUGAUUCAGCCUGACGUCUUCCAUGUCUACUAAACUCUAAGCAGCACUCUGUAGCAUGGUCUCUGCAUGGCUCCUAACCAUUCCUAGAAGUAUUAAAAGAUUGCCAAAAUCUCUUGUUUUUGUACUAAACGUGCUACCUUCAUUUCAUGUUAUGCUUGUAGUUUUUGACUGAUGACAAUUUACACUGUGAAAUAUAAAGUGACAUGAUAUUCCUGUAAUGUUGUUUGGAUUGUAUAUUAUGAUUUAUACGCACUUUAAACCAUAAUACCAUAAUACAAAUACUAUCUUUUAUCAUUAUAAAAGGUGCCCUAUCAUGCUAACAUGUCAGCCCUUAUGUUAUGUCAAAAAGAUCUAGUUAGAAGUAUUUCAUAGUGUGUGUAUACAGUAUAUAUCUAUAGAUCUAUAUAUAGAUAUAUUAUAUAUCUAUAUACUGUUGUUACAUGAAAAAAAGCCUGGAUGUAUAUAAAUUCAGGAUUAAAUCUCUUUGUCAGUAGAUCUAUAUGGUGGGUCUUUGUGGGCUCUCUUGCAGAUUUGUAUAUCCUGAUGGAAUAAAGACUUACUUUAAUGAAAACGUG